AUGACUCGGAAGCCCGCAUUCAAAGUCCGUCCUCCUCCGCCCUUGAAGCAACAACGGCUGUUGGUCCCAGCUCGGAGGGCACGAGACGAGCGGCAAGCCGCAGAGAAGAAGGAGUGCAAGGUGGUGCUCAAAGCAAUCCGAAAGCUUCUCAAGUCGAAGCACGAGUUGCUUGAGGCGGGCACAAAUGGUCUGCAGUCAUAUUGUGCGCGCGCCAUUCAGGCAUGCCUCAAGAUGAAUGUUGAGAGGGGCCGCAAGCUAAUCUCAGCUUCCGAGAUUGCAGCGGAAGGGAAUGGCUUUUCAGGGCAGUGGGGUAGCCGCCUUGUAUGCACCUGGGUCCGGGCGUGGAUCAAGGACCACAAGCUGCCCCGUUCUGUCAUUGGCAAACAUGUCAAGUCCUUUUCCCUUCUCAGUGAUCCCUCCAUACGUGCCAAAAUGCGAUCGUACAAGCUCACCAAUUUCAGCCAGAACAAGAUGGUCCCUGUGGUUGCAACUGAAUACCUGAAGGACAUCAUGUCAAAGGAGAUACCACAGGGCCUCAAGAAGUACCUUGAGCUGGAGCUGUUCCCUCGCAUCCACUGGAAACCGGGGAAUGGCAUCACAUUGCACACCGCACAUUGCUGGCUCCAUCACGAAGCUGCACAAGCCAAUGAUGGAGAGAAGAAGGGCUGGGUCUUUCAAGACGAGUAUCCGCUGAAGAAGAAGGGCCAAGGGUGUGGUGUUCACCAGAGCGAGGUCAUAUGCUCGACAUAUGGCUGGUUGCGCAAGGCAAGCCAAACACUUGAAUACAGCAAAAAUCAUGAAGGAUAUUGGACGGGAGAGUUAUUCGUGAAACAGCUGAAGGAGAAGAUAAUCCCCACAUUCGAGCGGCAACAUGGCGCUGGUCACCGCAUGCUGCUCAUUGUUGACAACUCACAGGGUCAUUCCGCUUAUGCUGUGGAUGCACUCCUCACUUCACGCAUGAACCUUCGGGAAGGCGGCAAGCAGGCUCAUCUUCGUGAUGGAUGUCAAUGUCAAAUGACCUUUCCACCUGGCCACAACAAGUACGCAGGACAGCCCAAGGGGAUGAAGCAGUGUUAUUUGCGCGAGCACUGUGAUUAUACAUUUGACACCCUACAGGCAAACAUGCCAAAGGCAAUGGCUUCAGUUGACAUCAGAACGAUCUGUCUCUGGGAGCAUCACAUGAUUCGAUGGAUGGAGUUAUACAGGCUUGGCAUGGGUGCAAAGGAUGCUCAACUGCACAUCAAGCAGUUCAGCUCGAGGCAGUAUAAGUCCCAUAGACGUGUUCCGGAGAGCCUCGCUUGUCAGUUUGAUACUGCACCAACUUAG